AAUAGAAGGACCGUGUUUUAUAAAUUACAAGUCGCAGUCGCACUACAUGAUUUAAGAAACAGGGAGUUUUUUUCAUUUCAACUUCGGCACUAAAAUGAAGCGUUACUUUUACUUCGUUUUGGUUAUUUUCGCAAGAAAUACAUUCGAAACCAGAGAAACCUACUAUAAUGAUCUUUUUAAAGAGAUGCAGAAACCUAACGGAGACGAAAACUUACAUGUACGCGAAAUCCGAGAUAUAUCUCCACAACAGAAUAUCAGUUUCAAAACUGAAAAUGAAAUGGAGAAAAAAAUAUGCGAUCAGAAAAUGCGCUCGUGUAAGGACAGAUGCGGUGUGCCGAAAAAUACGAGCAGUCUCAGUGAUUCUUACUGCCAAUGUGACGACAAAUGUGUCCACUACCAAGACUGUUGUGUUGAUUUUGAGAGCGAGUGCAACAUCAUCUACAACAACACCAAAUAUGGUGAACAGACGAGUGGGCAAAUAUCUAAAUAUGGUUGCAUCAAAAUAAGCCAAACAGAUAUGGUGUACAUGGAUGAAACGUGUGCAAGUGAUCAUAGUGGGACUGAUUUAGAAGAAAAAUGUAGAAACAGGGAUACCCUCCUUAGUAUAUUACCAGCAUCUGACGUCGAAAAAGGUAUCCAGUACAGCAACGUGUUUUGCGCAAGAUGUAACAAUGUCAAGUCCCCUGUAUUGUGGGAGACAAAUUACAGCUGCCAUCGAAACGUACUGGAUGAGUCGGAUUUUCAGAACCCUGGACCAAUUACAUUAUCGAAGGUAAUGCAAUCACGUUGGUGUUCUGUUGAAUAUAUCUCUCCUUUGAAAAAUAUUGAUCAACAACUGAGGCCAUGCAUACCAACUAUCCAUACAUGUCCGGAGGGAACAGACUAUGCACUGGCCAGUCGGUGUGCGAACUCUAACUUAGACCCUUAUUCCACAUACAAACAACAAUACCAUGCCUACCAUAAUUGGUAUUGCCUCAUAUGUACAGAAACUGAUCGCCCAAGGUCUGUGUGUACCUUAAUUUUGAGACAGAUAAGUCUGAGGGUUCCCGACAUGUCAUUAUUUUCCAUCAAAAUACUGGUGGAUGUGACAUCAGAUAAUGACAUAACAUUAAGAUCUCAAACUGGACAGGGCAUCGGUGGAUUGGAUGUUGAGGUAGAGUGUAACUCGGAUAGUGUUUGCAAGGCUUUAAGUUGUCCAAAAGCGUAUGUACGAGCUGGGAAUGAAUGCAAACUAGUGAGCAACAUUGUUCCAGUUCAAAUCAUUUGCUAUUUCUUCAUUGAACCGAACGUGGAUGUUUUUCAUGUCAUCGAGACUUACAUUAAACAAAUAUUUGAUCCAGUUGGUUUGAUCGAGAUCUACCAUGCUUUUGGUAAUGAUAAAUUCACAUUCAAUACAUCUUUCCCUGUGAGCUACACAUUGUCUCAGAUUUACAAGAAAAUGGCGUCAAACUCUGAACGCAUCAAAGAAAAAACUACGAUCCCGUUCAUCCAGCUUAGGGAGAUUAACGUUACGUAUGAUGUGUCGUUUAUGGAACAUAUGAGCACUACGAUGAACAGUCAUGUCACAGAAAAGGUGACAAAUUGUGGAUCUCACACGGGUUCCGGAAUGACGUCAUGGAUGUGUUUCAUAUUUCUGUUGAUGAAAGUAUGUUUUCAAUCUCCUUUGAAGAACUGUAUUAUUUGGUAA